CACUCGGUAGAGCAGUAGUGGCGAAACCUAGCAGAGGAGGACACGAGAGAGUCGUUUAACCAUGGCGACUGCUCAAAGGGUGUUGUCGACGAAGGAGUCCGACAGUAGGAUGAUGCUGGCCUCUGAAGUUCACCUCGGAACCAAGAACUGCGAUUUUCAGAUGGAACGCUACGUCUUCAAGCGCCAAAAUGAUGGAAUUUAUAUCAUCAACCUGGGGAAAACAUGGGAAAAGCUUCAGAUGGCCGCUAGGGUUAUUGUUGCUAUUGAGAAUCCCCAGGACAUAAUUGUCCAGUCUGCCAGACCCUACGGUCAGAGAGCUGUCCUGAAGUUUGCACAAUACACUGGCGCUAACGCCAUUGCAGGACGUCACACCCCUGGAACAUUCACCAACCAGCUUCAGACUUCUUUCAACGAGCCAAGGUUGCUCAUUCUUACAGACCCAAGAACUGAUCACCAGCCUAUUAAAGAAGCCGCUUUGUCUAACAUCCCCACAAUUGCCUUUUGUGAUACUGAUUCUCCAAUGCGCUAUGUGGAUAUUGGCAUUCCAGCCAAUAACAAGGGGAAGCACAGCAUCGGCUGCCUGUUCUGGCUCUUGGCUAGGAUGGUGCUGCAGAUGCGUGGAGUCAUUGCUCCUGGACACAAAUGGGAUGUCAUGGUGAGAUGUCUCCGGAAUAGUUUCUUAAAGCUUUCUUAUUAUUUGCCUUACUAG